UACGAAAAACACCAAAACAAAAACCCUAGACUUAUAGAGAACCAUCCCUAUAAAGGCCCCAAACCCUAAGUUCACUCUUAUUGUUCCUCCAGCAGUCGAAAAUGUCGAAGCGAGGACGUGGAGGAUCAGCUGGCAACAAGUUCAGGAUGUCACUGGGUCUGCCAGUGGCAGCAACAGUGAACUGUGCUGAUAACACUGGUGCUAAGAACCUUUACAUCAUCUCCGUGAAGGGAAUAAAGGGUCGUUUGAACCGUUUACCUUCUGCUUGCGUUGGUGAUAUGGUUAUGGCCACUGUCAAGAAGGGGAAGCCUGAUCUCCGGAAGAAGGUCAUGCCUGCUGUCAUUGUUAGGCAGCGUAAGCCUUGGCGCCGAAAGGACGGCGUUUUCAUGUACUUCGAAGAUAAUGCUGGUGUCAUAGUGAACCCUAAAGGAGAAAUGAAAGGCUCUGCAAUUACUGGUCCAAUUGGAAAGGAGUGCGCUGAUCUUUGGCCAAGGAUUGCAAGUGCAGCCAAUGCCAUCGUUUAAGAGCUUUAAUUUUUCUGUUCAAUCCAUUUGGAACAUACUGUCGUUAGUCUUGAUUGUUUUUGUAGGGAUAAUCUUAGUUGUGUUUAUGAAAGCUUGACUGAAUUUUGUUUGCGAGCUUUAUAUGCAGUUAUAAACUGCAUGAAGUUUGCGCAAGAAAGAUGGUAUAAUUUUGGUGUUGAUUUCAAAUUUUAUGGAAACCCUUCAUCUAAAUUUCUAGCU